UAAUAUCACAUCUGAAGCGCGUGUACUGGAGUGACCCACCCUCCUCCUCCUGUGAAGCUCUGACCCGAAAAACAGCGCUCCCGGGCGGGCACGUAGCGCACUGGCCACGGGCUCUGUGGGUAUACGCCAUGUUGGGCUGCAGCCAUAGACAGGAGGGAGGGAGGGGGGACUGUCGCGGAAAACACUCUCUGUCACAUCACAUUUAAAGUCUCCAACCAUCCGGAGGAGCAGAGGACACACCGCUCUCACCUCACCCGAAACUCCACCGCUCCCCAGCCACAUCCAGGGACAGGACAGACGCAAAAUGCCCAAACCCGUCAACGUGCGUGUCACCACUGUGGACGCAGAGCUGGAGUUUGCCAUCCAGCCCAGCACCACCGGCAAACAGCUUUUUGACCAGGUGGUGAAAACCAUUGGCCUGCGUGAAGUGUGGUACUUUGGACUUCAGUACAUGGAUGGUAAAGGAUAUCCCACAUGGCUAAAACUGAACAAAAAGGUCACAUCUCAGGAUGUAAAGAAGGAGAACCCUCUGCAGUUUAAGUUCCUGGCCAAGUUCUUCCCUGAAGACGUGUCUGAGGACCUGAUCCAGGACAUCACGCAGAAGCUGUUCUUUCUUCAGAUCAAAGAAGGCAUUCUUAGUGACCAGAUCUACUGCCCUCCAGAAACCGCCGUACUGCUGGCCUCCUACUCUGUCCAGGCCAAGUUUGGAGACUACACCAAGGAAGUACACAAGCCAGGCUACCUGCUGAGCGAGCGCCUGCUGCCACACAGAGUGAUGGAGCAGCACAAACUGUCCAAAGAUCAGUGGGAGGAAAGGAUUCAGGUGUGGCAUGAGGAGCACCGCUGCAUGCUUAAGGAAGACGCCAUGUUGGAGUACCUGAAGAUUGCUCAAGAUCUGGAGAUGUAUGGUGUCAACUACUUUGACAUAAAGAAUAAGAAAGGCACUGAGCUGUGGCUGGGAGUGGACGCUCUGGGACUGAACAUCUAUGAGAAAGACGACAGGUUAACUCCAAAGAUUGGAUUUCCCUGGAGUGAGAUCAGAAAUAUUUCCUUCAAUGACAAGAAGUUCAUUAUCAAACCUAUUGACAAGAAGUCUCCAGACUUUGUUUUUUUUGCCCCACGUCUGCGCAUAAACAAGCGCAUUCUGCAACUGUGUAUGGGAAACCACGAGCUGUACAUGAGGAGGAGGAAGCCGGACAGCAUCGAAGUGCAGCAGAUGAAGGCCCAGGCGCGGGAGAAGCAGCAAAGACAGCUGGAGAGAGCUCAGUUUGAGAGUGAGAAGAAAAAACGCGAGGCCAUCGAGAGGGAGAAGGAGCAGAUGGAGAGAGAGAAACAGCAGCUGGAGAUGAGGCUGUACCAGGUGGAGGAGAAGACCAAGAAGGCAGAGAAAGAUCUCCAGGACCAGAUGCAGCGAGCUAUGGCCCUUGAGCAGGAGCGCAGGAGGGUGGAAGAGGAGGCAGCACGAUUGGAGAGUGAACGACAGGCUGCGCUGCUGGCCAAAGAGGAGCUUGCCCGACAGGCAGCGGACCAACAGAAGAGCCAGGAGCAACUGGCUGCUGAGCUGGCAGAGCGCACGGCUAAGAUUAAACUUCUGGAAGAGGCCAAGAGACUCAAAGAAGAAGAGGUCAGCUCAUGGCAGCUCAAGGCCAGAGCUGCACAGGAUGACCUGAUGAAGACCAGAGAGGAACUGCAUAUGGUGAUGGUGACACCACCCCCUCCCCCUCCCCCACCCAUGUAUGACCACCUGGACGACAACAGUGACAAUGAGGACUCCCACAGUGCACAACUGCACAACGACGGUAUCGAGCAGCACCGCAACGAAGAGGAGCGGCUCACAGAGGCCGAGAAAAACCAGAGGGUCCAGGAGCAGUUAAAGGCCUUGACCUCGGAGUUGGCACAGGCUAGGGACGAAUCCAAGAAAACAGCAAAUGACAUCCUGCACCUUGAAAACCUUCGAGCGGGACGCGACAAAUACAAGACGCUGCGGCAGAUCCGACAAGGCAACACCAAGCAGAGGAUUGACGAGUUUGAGGCCUUAUAAUCCUGUGACUGCAUCUCUCUUUGUAACAGACUCAUGAAAACAGAGCGGAAUGUACCACAGAAUGAGGCAUGGCCAACAUUCUAGUGCCAAACUGUUUUAAAUCAUUCUCCGUGCCCACUUAUCUAAUUCAUUAUUUCAUCUUAUUAUUCAAAGUAUGUUUCUGGUGCAUUAAGUAACAUUUCUGGUGGAGGGUCCGUAACUUGAUUGAUUCGUGGAAAUGUUGCUUUGCCUGGAAUAUAUCAUAUUAUGACAAGUGCACAUGGCAGGUUUUUGUGUUUUUCAAAUUAUUACUUGGUUUUGUGGGGUCAUACCUGUGGUAAGUAUUUAUACUAGUAGUCAAUCAAGUGGCAGUUUAUGGAAAAAAAAAAGUUGGAAAAAAGAACAAAAAUACAUGAAGUAGCAGUAAGUUCUAAAACAGAACACCUCAAUGCAGAAAAUUCCAUCACAAUUUUUUUUCAUUGUUUUCACAAAAUAUCGGUGUUGAAAUCUAUGUUUGAAUAAUCACAAAUAUAAUAUUCUACGUAUGUGAUUUCAUGUUGAACCAGAAAGUCAAAUUUACCAAAAAACUCAACUAUUAAACAUCUAAGCAAAAUAUUGUUUUAGUGAAAUUAGCUGAUGGUCUUCAAGCUACUUUAUCUUGCAUUUAUUCAAUUACAAUUGUUAAAAAAGAAAAACAUGCAUUCUUACUGUAACUGCAUAUUGAUGUGGGGUCAUCACCUGCUUGUGUUAAUGGAGAGAGACGCUAAGGAACAUUCCAGGCAAAGCAGGUGGUGGACCCUCAACCAGAAAAGUGCACUUUUAAAUAUUAGUAGAGGGAAAAACUAAAAGUCCCUACACUGUUUUUGUUCAUUUUUAUUAUUAUUAUUGUUUUAUUUUUUUCAUUUUGCACAAUUUUUACGAUAUAAAGAUGUACAAUUCAUCAUAUUUGGGCGAGUUAAAAUGAUUGUGUUUUCAUAUUAAGUCAAAGACAAAUCUAAAAAUCUAGAAUAAAUUACUACACAUAUUUUGCAGAGUAGUAGUAGUACAAUUGCAGACAAUAUUUUGGAGCAAGGGCUGUGAUUGGUUAAAUGAAUAUUAGAAGCAGUUUAUUUUUUAGCGUUUGAAAAAAUGUAUUGCUAUUUGAAUACUUAAUUUACACCAUAUGUUGCUAUUGUUUAAAAUCAUGCUUGAGUUACUUAUUUAUAUUUUAUGUGGGAUAUGGAUUUAAAAAAAACUUUUGAUUUAUAUAUUUUGCUCCCAACUUUUGACAUUAACAUAUGGUUUAUUGGAAAGUUUAUGUGUAUUAGAAAAUAAAGACAUUUUAUUACAUGCA